GCCGUGACGGCCUGAUGGAGAGCUGCUCGGCGACCCCCGGAAAACCGUUAGGGCCAAGAUGUCGCUGACGUUGGGGACGACGUCGGUCGAGUACCACCGCUUCGACGCUACUCGCGACGCCCUAUUGAUUCCUGCGUGCCAACUUCUUCCUUUGAAUCACUCGUGCUGAGAAUGCGCUCCAAGAGGAUCUUCCUGUCUGCAAACAGCGAAUACUCAUCGUCUUGUCCUUACUUAGUUGCCUAUUUUUCACUAAUCGAUUAAAUGGUUUGAAGAAGCCGAUUUGUAUUAAGACUUCAGUAGAAGAAUUAAGAAGAAAGUAGAGACCCAAUUUAUAUGGAAACUGAUGAUAAAAUGAUGAUAACGGGCGAUUUUUUCACAAUAGGAUAUCGAUUAUACGUACCACAAUAAUCCAAGGAUUAUAACAUUUUAUAAACAUUUAAUAUCCAUACUAGGAUAUAUUAAUUCGAUAACUUUGGAAUUAUCCGUUUUCGAAAUAACUAUUUUAAUCUUAAAAACUUACAAAAGCUUCGUAUUUUGAAUUAAGUUGCUGAUGACAUGGAAAAGAGAUGAUCGAACGAUACUCUCAAUUCUCUUAAUGCCAGAGGAACGCUCGGUAUAAUUCAACAAGGGUGCUAGCUGAUAGUCGUAAGUGAUGGACAUUGGUAAUGUGCUGCAUCUGCUUUGCCACGAGGCGGAGGAGUGUUCUCGGCUGUUCGAGCUUUUAUUAAACAGCCUCUUUGUUCUGUGGAAAAGAUACACAAAAGCGAGAAUGAUUGUCUCGUUGAAAAAAAGAAACGGAAAAGAACGAAAAAAAUUAAAUUCUCCGAAGAAGAUUACACUUCUCUAAAAGCACUUCUCCAUUUAGAAAAAUAAAUAUCGAGAAAGAAAUCCGAAAAAUCUUCGAUGAUGUAAUUGUUACCAAAACAAAGUCAAAGUCGAAGGAAGUAUCACGAGUUGCUAAACGAACGCGGAAAAGCGUGAACUCGGUAAAUCGAUGGUUGGAUUCGUGUCUUUUCCAUGGUAGACUAAUUUCACUUGGCCCAGAAACUCUGAGUAUAAACGUAUGGUGCGGAUGGGAGGGAAGAAAUCUUUGGAGAAUAGCGAAGAGGGGUACCGAAAGAAAAGUAUAACAUCCCUGUUUCGAAGACCUUGCAAUCUCUUCUCCCCAUUCACCGUUGCUAGUUCUUGCGCCACCCACAUUUCGUGCACUCCAGUGACGUCACACAGAAUACAUUGUGGAACCGGCACAGUUACCGUUAAAUGGGGUGAGCCAACACUCCUCUUCAACCCCAUGAAAAGUCUUAUCCGACCAAUGGGGGAACUUCGUACUACUGUGCGCCGACCAAUCGCGAACAGAUCGUCAUUGAGAAGGACACGUACACGGAGGGGACCGAGGUCUUAAGAAGAGCAGAAGACACUGGUACCGGGACACUGUCGCACGCGGUGCUUAGAGGGACGAUUCAUUGGAUUAACAGCUAUUGCCGAUUCCGUCGAGAGAAACUGUUUCAGUGUUAUCCAAGUUCAACAUUUAGAUAGAUUUUUAAAUAGAAAUACUUACUUGCAUCGUUCGAUUGAUUUUCUUAUUGGUGAGCGAAAAUAUUAUAUAUUACAGUAUAGAUAGAAAAUUUUGUUGAAAAAUUAGAAAGUUUGUUCAGUUUGAAUCGAGGAUCAGUAUGAGUGGUUCCGGAAAGGGCCUUCUCGGGGUGUGGCUAUACAGAAGAGGCGAACACUGGGCCAUUAAAGAAGGAAGUCCCAUACAUAAGUCGAGCGAUAUCCCCAUGGUCGAACGGAAAUUAAACAGCGAUAAUAAAAAUUCUGUCGUUUUUUCCUUGAAAAACCAAAUCGGUGGCUUGGCACGAGCUCUGCAAGUUUUUCAGGACCUGGGUGUGAAUGUUAUUCAUAUCGAGUCACGGAAAUCAUUGCGUCGUGGCUCCGAAUUUGAAAUUCUCGUCGAUGUUGAAUGUGAUUCGAAAAGAAUGGAACAGUUGACGAGGAUGUUGAGCCGAGAAGUCGCUGCCAUUAAUUUGGCACAGUACGAGCAAACAGGAAAUAUUCCUCAUGCUCCAUCACUUUCCGCCGCUCCGAGUUUUGAUUUCAGCGAAGUAGAUAUGCCCUGGUUUCCACGAAAAAUAUCGGAUCUAGAUCAAGCUCAAAAUGUGCUCAUGUACGGAUCCGAAUUAGACGCGGAUCAUCCAGGCUUUAAAGACCCGGUGUAUCGCAAACGUCGUGUGCAAUUCGCGGAUAUCGCAAACAAUUACAGAUAUGGUCAACCAAUUCCUCGCGUUCAAUACACGCCAGAGGAGAUCAGAACUUGGGGAACCGUUUUCCGCGAAUUGCAUCAGCUUUAUCAAAAACAUGCUUGUAAGGAAUAUCUGGAAAAUUGGCCAAAACUGGAGAAAUACUGUGGCUAUAGAGAGGAUAAUAUACCACAGUUGCAAGAUGUAAACGUUUUCUUGAAGCGAACAACUGGAUUUCAACUUCGACCCGUAGCAGGCUACCUUACACCAAGAGAUUUUUUGGCCGGUCUUGCUUUUCGAGUAUUUCAUUGUACACAAUACAUUCGACAUUCAUCCGAUCCUUUUUAUACGCCUGAACCGGACUGCUGUCACGAAUUGUUAGGGCACAUGCCGCUUCUGGCGAAUCCAAGUUUCGCACAAUUCUCGCAGGAACUUGGACUUGCUUCGCUUGGAGCUUCGGACGAGGACAUCAAUAAAUUGGCAACUCUCUAUUUCUUUACGGUGGAAUUUGGAUUAUGCAAGCAAGAUGGUAUACUUCGCGUUUACGGAGCUGGUUUAUUGUCUUCUGUCGCGGAACUGAAACAUGCUGUGUCCGUUCCCGAGAAGACGUUCCGAUUCGAUCCAGAAGUGACUUGCAAGCAAGAAUGCAUCAUUACCGCGUUUCAAAAUGCGUACUAUUACACGGAUAGCUUUGAAGAAGCAAAAGAAAAAAUGCGAACAUUUGCGAACCAAAUACAACGACCAUUUGGAUUACGCUAUAAUCCCUACACUCAAUCAGUGGAAGUUCUCACGGACGCUCAAAAAAUCACGGCGGUAGUCAGUGAACUUAGGGGUGACCUCUGUAUCGUCUCAAAUGCCCUAAAGAAGAUACACGAACAGGAUGAUACGGUGGACGUUGAGAGGAUAACCAGCCUUUUAACGCAAGGUAUCGAAUUACCUCAAGAUUCUUCGUCUUCUGACAGCGAUGUUGAUAGAAGUCCUAAUGUCGAGUCGCCUGAGAAACCAAUAAAAAAUCAGAAUAAAAACUAUUCUUCUGACAAUAUUGUUGUUAACUCAUGAACGUUAUUUCUGUAAACGUAGUCUGCGAAUAGAACUAUCAAAAUUAGAAAUGAUUGUACGUAUAUAAUUAUAGAGUUUAGCAAUAUGUAUAUGAAAUAUGCACAGUUGUCUAUGCUUGUAGAAAACGAUAUUUAAAUUAGAAGAUUACUAAAGUUGCACUGAGUAGAAUGAAAAUGAAUAAAAAAUUAUGUGAAGUAUAGUAA